AUGUCGCUGGGGAAAUCUGGGGUAGGAUUAUUAGAGAUUACCGACCCUUUAAGCAGAGGAUGCAUUGGCUCACACCUCUUAAGAGGAUUAAUGGGAGAGGAAGGAAGAGGACUGCAGGACCGACAGCAGGCGGGAAUGUAUAAGAGGAAUGAGAAUCCUCAGUGGAACAACUCGAUUGAUGCAACGGAAGCAGUACAGAUAACAUCCCCCUCCCCCGGAAUGAACGCGCCAGUAAGUGAAAUAAGGAACAACACAGCAACCCAUUCUGAACCACAGCUGAUAAGAAUGGUAUAA